GGGAACCAUUAAUGAUGUCAUUGAGAGAAAAUAAUAAUAUAUUUACGCCGCCGAGAUACCAUCCAGGUGUCGUGAAUAGAAAUGGAAUUGAUCACAAUGUUGGUAACAAUGAAAUUGAUGGUAACCUUGACAACUUUAAACCGAUUGUAGAUGCCGGAUACUAUCAGAGCGGGUCAAAGAAAUCGCCACAACAACAGUCGCAACCAGCACCAGCACCACCACAACUUGUUUACCAAUCACCCCCGCAAAAAUCUGAAGCCGAUUCGGGUUAUUAUCGAUCGACACGGUCACGGGAAGAGGAGGAAUUGAAUGAAGCUCCACAAAAUCGUAAAAAGAAACAAGAAUGGAAACCUGUGACACUUAAUCUAGAGAAACAUGAGAAUGAAGUACCGGCCUACCAACGUGGUCAUAGACAGCAGGAAGACGUGAAACAGAAAUCUCCCGAACGUGAAAAGGUGAAAAUAUUUGAGCAUGUAACAGAACAUUUAAAAGUCGAGACUCAACAAACGCCUCAACAAACAAUUGAAGAACAGAAACCAAAGGCACAUGUUGAGCGUUUUAAAACGAGACCCACGCGUGACCAUGUGCAAGAACACACCGAAACCAAAAGCAAACCACAGGAAAGGAAGCACCAUAAAACAUCCCCAAAGCAAAAAAAACCGCGUGAAUCACCAGAACGUUUUCGGCGACGUACUAAGGAACUUGUCGAAGACGAAGACAAAGACAAAGAAGACAUAUUUUUCACUCCACCUGAAAAUCCGGAUAAAGUAAUAAGUGUUCAUGAGCGAAAACGUUCGUUUGAACCAUCAAAACCCCGAGAAGAAAGAACUGACGAGUUUCGACGGCGAACGAAGAGUGAGGAUAUAUCAAGGUCGGAAGUGCAUCAAGUUCAUUCGGCUGAUGGCCGUAAAGUGGAAGUGUUAGAAGGAUCGUCUAGACCGACUGUUAUUAUCGUUAGUCAGAAAGAGGAUGUAACAAAUAUUGAGUCUGAAUCGGUACCAGAAUCAGCAACCCAAGUUACCACGGCAAUACCCGAUGAAGAUGAAGGUGAAGAGUACGGAUCUGGAUCGUUUGUGUCUCGUACAAGAUCAUCAUUGAUUUCUAAGUUCACAGGUCAAAGUUCAAAUUCGACUACUUCGCCACCUUCUGUUCGGAAGAUAGAGUCUGAUGUUAUGAACAUGGACCAGUUACGUAAAGCGUAUCUUAAGCAGCAGGAUGAGAUAAGACGACUUAAAGCAGAGGUCAAGAGGCGGGAUUAUCGCAUUAGUCAGCUGGAAGCUGAAAUAAGUGAUCUUCAGCGGUGAUUAAUAGCAGUACUAUAAAAUGUAUUAUAAUUAGUUUAGUCUUAAAAUGAAAUUAGUUCUCAUGUCCUUUUCAACUCAGACUUGUUUUUUAUGGUUAAGGUAGUGUGCUGCGCUUCUUCUCACAUAGUUGUUAAAGUUGAUUUCCUAUUUUGUGCAGAUCACCUCCCGCUGAUUAUUGUGGUCACUAUGGGAAAUGAUGAAAUCAGUUGCCAUGGCCACAAAUUCUGAAAUAUGGAG